AUGGCUGCAUAUUUGUGCUCCACUAUCGCAGAUGGCUUUGCCGAUGACUGUGAUGAAUUGAUUCAUCAAUGUCUCAAAGAGACUCCAGUGACUUACAGUGCGUUUUGUAAAGUAUUUAGGAGCAUGCAAAUAUCUUGUGUGUAUCUGAACAGACAUUCUGGUGCAGAAAUAGCUGAGUUAACCGAGGAGCUCAUCUACAUAGCCAAAUAUUACAUGGUGGCUAAUACCAACAAUUUUGAGUCAACAAUUGUAGGUCUUUUCCUGGUCUACGCUUUAGUAAAAGUACAGCCGUUCAAGGAUUUUGCUUAUUUACGUUUGACCGAAGAAGAUGUUCCAUACAUUGAGCGUAUAGAAUUGGUUGCUCGAAGAGAGAGGCGCCUAGAUGUGCUGUAUGUUCUGGGACAUGUGCUCACGGUAAACACUCGGUUCACAGCGGCCGCCAGAGAAAGAGGCAUGGAAGCAUCCUACAGAAAGUACUUAGAGAACUGUGUGACAUUGGACAUUGGUCAGCGUCCCAAAGGCGUAUUCCUGCGGCAGAAUGAGGAGUUGGACGUUAUUAAGGAAUUGACUGACCUUCAGUUACGUUAUGAUGCUGCGAAGAUGGCUGCCAAUUUUCCUGAUUUGAAAUACGCUGACUCAAAGUUUGCCACUGAACUCAACUCUUCUUUGAAGAAUAUUGUCGCUGGCAUCAUUGAUGACGAUACCACCCAAAUUGAAACUGAAGAAGAAAAAGUUGAAGAAUCAGCGAGGUCUAUUAAAGAUCGAGCUAUGAAGAUCAAAGUGGAACCUAUGAGGCAUCUUAUAGGAGUACAAGAUCGAACUCCAAACAAAGCAAAUAAACCACAUAUGUCUGAUAUUAAAACAAAACCUGGCAAAAUUAAAAGUGGUAGUCCCACAAAACAAUCAUCAGCCAAUGCGAGAAAACAAACCACAGCUAAUACAAGAGCAAGUAAACGAAAGAGACUAGACAACUACAGCGAUACCAGUGAUGAGGCAGAGCUUUCUUUAGAAUUAUCAGACCACGACAGUGACAAUGAUAUUGACUUGGAUAAUUUUGAUAAAGUUCAACCAGCUCAAGAUACCAACGCUACAGAAAAUGUAGCGGAAGUAGAAAUAGAUAGUGAAAAUAUUAAUUUAGGAGGGCUACCGUGCAUUAUAACAAGCGAGGACAACGGUCAAUCAUACGAAAUCGAAAUAAUCGAUCGAUACAACAAAUCGACUAGAAAAUCUUCAGAAAGGAGCGGCAUUAAACCGGAAUAUAGAAAUGCCAUAGACCAUGAACAACAGACGCGAAAAGAAAAACGUGAUUUAAAAAAGACAAUUUUGAAGUCUCGUUUUAAACGAAUGGGGAUGGAACCUGUAGCUGAUUUUGAAGAUACAUGA